UAGUAAGAACGCGAGAGAUAUUUGAGGUUAAUUUUGGUUGAGAUUUGAUUGUUAUAAAAGUUCUAAUAUUAAAAUUUAUUGGUGGUCAAGAUUGAAAUAAAAAUCUCAUAGUCUCUGUUUUAUAUGAUCAACAGUUCAACGCGGUUUUGGUUAAAAGUAGUCAUUAUGGGAAAUACAGUGUCGGCAGCUGAAAUAGCUGCUGCCCAAAUAGUUCAUCCAAAUAAACCAAUGGAAAAGUGGGAUGAUUAUCAUGAAGAAUACAUAAAAAUCCCACAGGAGUGUCCUAUGCAUCAGCAGUAUCAGUCGGAGUGUCCUGUAAAACAUGAGCAAAAUGAUAUUAAUCCAUUAAACAUGAUGGGACCAGCGAACCAAAAUCCUGCACCUGGACAACCAUUUGCUCUGUCAAAAAAUCGUGAACUUUCAACCAUACCUAAAGCUGUUGUAAAAGAGGGAGAGAGUUCAUUUUGGGUAUAUCCCAGUCCUCAGAUGUUUUGGAAUGCUAUGUUACGAAAAGGUUGGCGUUGGAAGGAAGAAGACAUUUCACAAAAGGAUAUGGAUGCCAUCAUUAAAAUUCACAAUGCAAAUAAUGAAAUGGCAUGGCAAGAAGUGUUAAAAUGGGAAGCUCUACAUGCCACAGAAUGCAUGGAUCCUAGAUUAAAGAGUUUCGGAGGUAAAGCAACUGAGUACAGUCCACGUGCUCGGAUAAGACACUUUCUGGGUUAUGAAUUACCAUUUGAUCGCCAUGAUUGGAUAAUUGAUCGUUGUGGGAAAGAAGUCAGAUAUGUUAUUGACUAUUAUGAUGGUGGUAAGGUGAAUAAUAAAUAUCAGUUUGCUUUGUUGGAUGUCAGGCCGGCCAUGGAUAGUUUUGAAAACAUUUGGGACAGAAUGAAAGUGGCUUGGUGGAGAUGGUUUUAUAGUCGAGAAUAGGACCUACAAAAGGUGUUAGUGUAACUUAACUUAUUGGAUCAUUAAAAGAAUGCUUGAUGUGAACAUUAAUCAAAUUAGUAGUAUUAUGUUGUUUAGGAAGAAAUCAAAGUUUUGAAAAAUGAACUCUUUUGUACUCUACAACCCAGUCCGAUGUAUUUUUUUUCACUGUUCAGUAUGUGAGGAAUUUACCGAUGAUACCCAGUAAGUUUUUCUCUAACAUUAAUUUCCAAAAUUCCAAAAAUAAAAUUGUUCCAAUUUUGAAAGCCAUUUCUUGCAAACAAUUAAAUUCCCAAGUUUGCCUUGGGGAGCCAAUAUGUAAUAUUUACUUGUAAUACAUCUCUGAAUGGCGAAGGUACAAAAAAAUCAAUUUAUAAAAUAAUAUAACUGUCUAAUUCUAUAGAUACCCAUUUUAGCGACCCUGUCACAAAUCCCAUUUUGGGAAUGGCAAUUUCUGUAUUCGCAAAUGUUCCUGAACCGGUUUCACAGGUUGGUAUACAGUGGUUUGAAAGACCCAUCCUACCCCAAUUACUACUACUUAUUAUUCAAUGAUGAUAAAAUAAUGGUAGGCCAAUGCUUAAUCUUAUUUAUUUAAAAUUCCUAUUUUCAGCGUUUAAUACAUUUGGUUCAAAUCGGCUAAUUUAUGUAGGGUACUCAUUUAUUAUUGUUCAAAUCAAACAAGACCAUAAAAUGGUCUACAAGCAAUUUUUUACAAAAAAAAUUACAGUGACACAACACAAUAGUUUUGGUUAGUUUUGCAAGCAAUGAAAAACAUUUUAAUAAUACAUAUUUUUAAACGACUGAAUUCGUCAAACGCGAUGGUGAAAUCGUCACUCCGUGUAAAACUUAACGAAACCUAAAAUAUAUUUUGUGCGAAGUAGCACGUCGCUAACUAUUAAUAAUUUAUAAUUUAUCUAACCUUUAUAUCCGAUACUUACGCUCCGGGUUCUCUAUCCGAAGGGCUUAAUUCAGCGAGAGGCGUUUGACCUUCAGAUCGUCAGUAAGUUUAGAUGCGGCAUAUUUACGGUAGUAUUUUCUCAAAAUAUGUUCAGAUCCCAUUAAAUCUUCAGGUAAAAAUUAGUUAAUUAUGUGGAGAUCGCUGUUUUGAAAAAAAAAUGGACCAAAGUAGGUUAGUUAUACAAUGUGAAUUUGAACAAACCAAUAACAAUUAUGCCCCCUAGCGAAGGAGAGAAGGUGAUUUUGUUUAUCAUAAAUUGGUAGCCCUAAGAAAUCUGUGUGGGUUAUGUGUGAAUAAAUUAGCAAGCAGGCAGUAUAUUUUCACAUGACGUUUUUGAACGCUGCGUGGAGUGGGGGGAGAGUUUUGCAAGAGCAAAUAAAAUGCUUUGGAUAUUAUUUUAACCAUUUUUAUUGUAAAAUGACAAAGAAUAAUAACUCUAAAAUUUUAAUAUAUAGUUGAUAUAGUUAUAAUAUGUAUUUGAGUACAUGAUUUUAACUAAAUAAAUAUAAUUUUACACUUUACAGAUGUACAAAUCUGUAUUUUAUUCAACUUAUAAAUACUUGUUAACCAACUGAACUGGCCAUUCAUGUUACCGGUAAUACUGAUCUUGGCACCAGAGAUUAGAUCAAAUUCAAAUAACAAAUAUUUGUGGCUUACAAUUAUAUAUUAUUACAAAAAAUUGCACAGAGGUUGUAAUUAAAGUGAUGUAAUAACAUUUGGACUAUUUUCGGCAUUCUGCACUUUCUUCCUUUCUUAUGUUUUAAGUGAAGCACUGAAGUUUUUAGGAAACCUUGAUUUAAUUACAUUUCCGUUUCGUAUUUUUUUUAACAAGAUGUGAAUAAGAAAAUUGUGUAGAUAGCCUUAAUUAAUCAAACAAAUGGCAGCCUCUGUGUUAAAAUGUGGUGAAAUAAAAAAAAUACGUUUGACAUUAAACCUGGGUCAGCAAUAACUAACACUACCCCUUUUUAAAAGAUUCAUUCAAAAUAAUAUAGAUACUAUUUUGCCAGUGCUGCCGUCUUAUUUGUUAGCUAUCUAUAUUGCAAAUUAAAAGGAAUAGAAUUUAUGCAAUGUGAUAUUUUUCCACAGUGUUCUACAUAUGUUUGAAAACAAAUAGCUCAACUAAAACCAGAAUCUGGUUGUGCACAUAUCUAAAAAUGCAUAUUUUUUGUUAAAACUUUAAAAUUGUGCCCAUAGUUAAGCUAAUCUACAAUUAAUACUAAAGAUUAACCAUCUAAUGUUUUGUUUUAUAUAACUUUAAAUAGAAUAUAAUGGGAAUAUAGAUAUAUGAUGCAUAUCUGGCUUGUGUCAGUGUGUGUUUUUUUAUACUUUUUUUUAAAUUUAUUUACUGAUUUGUUUUUAGUUGAUCCCACGUUCCAGGCAAAAAGCCUGUUAACAUUUUUUGUUUUUUUUACAUACUCGUGCGCCAGUCCACUCUCUUUUUUAUCAAUCACAAUUCUUUUGAUACUUCUGAAAAUAGAUUCGACCAGAUUAUGAAUUUCAGGUGAUAUUAUGUAUUUGACAACUUUAUUUUAUUUUGGAUUUUAUUUGUUAGUUAUUUGGUUUGGGUUCUUUACCAAACGUGUUCAUUUAUUGAAAGACGAUAAACUAAGACAAUAAAUUAGAAAAUUAUAAUACCGUUAAUAAAGUUGUAAAAUACAAUAUUUUUUCAUGAUAGCAUAGAUGCAAACAGGCGAGUACCAUUAUCAACAAUACUUAUCAAAAAUAUAUACAUAUAUUCCAAAUUCGGUUUAGUUUUGUCUAGUUUAUUAAUAUUAUUAUUGACAUUUAGUUAGGAAUUUUUAAAAUAAAGCAUGUUUAAGCAGUAGACGAAAUCAUGGUGAAUACUUUGUUAAGAAUUUCAAACUGUCUUCGGGUUAAACAUCUUUCACUUUUAUGUAGUCUGGAAAUUUUUCUCGUCAAUUUUUCACGAUAGUGAUUGUUCUAUUUUCAGAAGAACCAAACAAACUCAGUCUAAAAGCGAUACAAAAAAAAAAAAUAAAACCAAAUGAUAUUACUUGAAAAUAAAAGUUUAAUCAAACUUGCAAAAUCAAGUAGGUACUAAAAACUAAGGACUAAGAAAGAAUAAAUGCGCAUAUAUAAGGAAAUAAGUAAUACAAAAAAAAGCGGGGGGGGGGGGGGUGACCUGGAAAAAAAAGAA